UAAACUUUAUUUAUUUUAGUCAGGGAGAAUGCUUGUUUACAAAAUACAAAUGAGUUUUAAAAAAAAUAGAAUUCCUCUAAUUAUUGAUCUAUGUAACGUUUUAUGAUUUCAAUUUCUGAUAUCUAUUUCAAAUUGCAAAGGGGUGGCUUAAGGGUGUAAAUAAAGUGUGGUGUCGCGCUGUGUAGCGUGAGUGGUGACUGGUGCAGACUAGUGUAUAUUGUGUGUGACUGGACACCAUGGGCAUGUCUCGCUGCUACUCGCUGAUGAAGUGUCUGCUGAUCAUGUUCAACGUUAUUUUCCUUCUGGUGGGUGUGGGCGUGUGUGCGUUCGUGUCGUGGGCGCUGUGGGACGGGCGCGGCGCGGAGGGCGGCGCGGGGCGCGCGGGGCUGUGCGCGCUGGGGCUGUGGGCCUGCGUGCUGGCGCUGGGCGCGGCGGCGGCGCUGGCGGGCGCCGUGCGCGGCUCCGCGUCGCUGCUGGCGGCCGCCUUCGCGCUGCUGGCGCUAAGCGCCGUGGCGGAGGCGGCGGCGGCGUGGUGGGGCGCCGCGCACCAGCCGCAGCUGCGCGCCGCGCUGCGCGAGCGGCUGCGGCACUCGCUGCUGCACGAGUACGGCGCGCUGCCGGCGCGCACGCGCGCGCUCGACGCCAUCCAGCGCGGCCUGCGCUGCUGCGGCGCGGACGGCGCGCGCGACUGGCGCCAGGCGGCGUGGGCGCGCGGCGCCGCCGAGCUGGACCUGAGCGUGCGCGCGCCCGCCGCGCACUACUGGGUGCCCGCGUCGUGUUGCGCGGCGGAGGACGCGGCCGAGUGCGCGGCGGCGCGGCGCGUGCCCGCGGCGUCGGGCGGCGGCGCGGGGCUGCACGCGGCCGCCUGCGCGCCGCGCGUCCUGGAGGCGCUGGCGGGCGCCGCGCGCGCGCCGCUGGCCGCCGGCGCCGCGCUGCUGGCCGCGCACGGCGCCGCGCUGCUGCUGGCGCUGGCACUGUGCCUGCGCGCGCAGCCCGACGCGCGCUACAAGGCCUAGGCGCCGCAGGCAACACCAACCCAGUCGUAACGACACGCGUGUGGCGCCGACCGCAGACGCCGAGCGCCCGACUGCAGUUACGCACUAUUUUAUAUCGGAACAGAUAUUUAUUUAACUAGAUGUACUUAAGCAUAAUGAAAUAUUAUAAUAAUAUAUUAAGAUUAUGAAUGUAAUAGCGCGAUGUAUAGAACGGCUCGCGGGUGACGACGGCGGCUGCGGCUGCGGCUGCGGCGCCGCACAUCCCUGCGUGUACUAAAUAUCAGAAAAUUACUCUCCUUCUGAGCUCUGGGACUUUGUACUUUCACAAUGACAAACAGAAAAUUGUAGGCGCGACGUUUCCGAAUGAAGUGUUAUGUAUUGAAUCAGGACUGAUAAACAACACUCUGCUGUAACGUUGCGUGCCGCGCGAGCCGCAGCCGCACCCGCGCCGCACCCGCGCCGCACCCGCGCCGCGCGCCGCGCUAUAGACACUAAUUACAAUUUCUAUUGAAAUCGUCACAAGAAAGUAAAGAGAUUUCUUUAAUAAUAAAAGACAAAUGCCACGAGCCGCAUGCCGAGACGUGCCGAGCUGUGCGGCGCAUCUACCGACACCACAAGACUGAAAAUGAUCUACAAAUUGCGAACGAACUGAUUAAUGAUUAUUAUUAUUUUUAUUAUUGUCACUGCCUUUUUCGAAAUGCAUUUAAAUACUCGUAAUAAUUUUUAAUUGAUAAAAAUAUAUAAGACAAAUAGUUAGUAAGGUUUUAUAGUAUAUUUAAAUUUGCAAACAGUUUCCACUGCCAGAUCAGCUUGCGUGCUUUGUGUGUGGUUACUCGUACAUUAUCGUUAGAAGGGCGGUCCCUGCAGGGGCUGCCGGUGCAGGUUCUUCACGGACCACAGCGAGACCACUCUCACCACUCGCAUUUCAAAUUUACUUACAAAAUCUAGAAAAUCAUGAACUAGAUAAAAUUUUCAACAACUUAUUAUUACAGUUAAAUUAAGAAUUAACUAAGCUUUCUUUUGACAUUUAAAACUAAAUAACUCAUAAGUGUAUAUGCAUAAUAUUUAUACACCUGUUUAUAUCUGGCAGCCCGACAGUAAUUGUGCAGUGGUGAAACCAGGGAGGCAACGUUUACAAAUUUUGUUCAAUAUAUUUGAAUUUUUUAAAUACAACACCAUAGGUACUGAUGAUUUGAAGAAAAAAGUUUGCUUUUAACUAAAUUGUAUUUUUAGACAUGUCUUUUCAUAAAAAAAAAGUUGGCAACUUUUUGAUCUUGACGCGUGUGUGGCGUAGUGUAGUGUAGUGUAUGUAUGCAUGUGUGCGCGCCGCGUCCUUUGCCACGAAGUUACAACGCCAUGAUAACUGAUCAUUUACUUGUGAGGAGCGCGGUGAAGGUUGAUGACCAUUUUUAUUUAUUUAUACCAAAGUAUUGAUUCUAUUCGUUUCGAUGUUGAAAAAUUAUACAAUUCUAUUAACUUUAUUUAUCUCGAAUAUCCUAAACACUUAUUGAGUGAGAGGUUCGGUGGACUCAAAUUACAAUUUAUUACUAUAGAUACCUAUUAUGAUAACAAAAUCCGAAAGUGCCCCACUCUCGGACUCUGUGUACGUACCUGUAACUAUAUUUAAUAUUAAUAUAUUUGUGUGUUUUUGGAAAUCAAAUAACGUAAAUCUAGUAAUUAGACAUAAGUUGUUAACCAAAAUGUGUAUUAGGACUCUUGCGCCGGUCGUCAUGUGUUAAGUUAAGACUGAUUUAGUUAUUUUAUUGAUAAUUGCUAACGACCUGCGGUCGAGCGACGCGCGGACGGACGGACGGACGAGGUCGAUCCCACUUCUGAUACUGUUUUUACACAAAACUACGUAAUUUCUAUACGUCGUCAGUUAUUUAACGCUGUGUUCGAGGCUACGAAGCAGUAAUAUAUCUGUUAUCAGAGAGGAUACCGUCCUAAACGUCCGACCGCGCGUCGGCGCCGCUCCCAGUACAAAUGUUGAACAGUUGAGUUAUUGCCAAUGACGUCACUUUACAGUGUUGCGUUGAAUUAUUGUGUGUUUUGUGUUUAUUUAGUUAUGUUAGCAUUUAUAGCACUCGACGUCGGGCGCUCGACACUCGAGCAGGCCCCCGAGACUGACCGUACCUGCCCGCCCCAGUGUUCGUGCAUUUUUAUUAGUACUUAGUAAUUUAGUGAAGCAAGAUUAAGUUAACGUCAGUACAACGGCUCGUCGCCUGUAACACCCUCACCCAGUCGAUGUAAGCAGUAGACGCGCCCGCCGCACUCGCUGUCCACUGUCGACUUGCGAGUUGCGACUGCCGGCCGACGCUCUGCCGGCCGACGCUCUGUCGGAUUCUAUAGGCGGUGCGGCCGCGCGCUGUAGUGCCAUGUAGUGUAAGUGUAUGUGACUCACUAGAUGUUGUUGUUUUCACUAAUAAACGUAACGACCAA